AUUUUGUCUCACUUUUAUUGGUGGUGACUCUUUUUUUUAUAUAUCUAUUUUCUAUAUUACUAUUUAGAUUAUGACCACUAUUGAUAUACCCAUUCCCAAUGAUUCUUUGACUAACAAACAAGCAACACAAAAGAAUUCUUUAUAUCAUACUUGUAGAUAUGUUUUACAAGCUCUUUCUACUAUACAACCAUUACAACCUUAUUUAACUAUAUCCGAUGCAACUACUAUAGUGACUCCCAUGUCUAAAUUAUGGCACUUUUGUCGACAAGGUACUAGUUUAUGUAUCUUAUUCAAUACUUUAAGACCUGAACACCCAAUUUCUUUGGAACAACAAAAUCCUUCUUCUUCUUCUACAACUGCACAAAAACCAAAGGCUUACGUGUAUCACUUUAUUAUUGCUUGUCGAGAUCAACUUCAUUUUACUUCUGAUACUCUCUUCACUUUAAAAGAUGUAUUUCAAGAUGAUACAAAUGGUUUUGUAAAAGUAGUGAAUGUCUUGAAAAGAGUUGUUGAAAUGUUGAAAUCUGAAGGAAUCAUCUUUUUACCUACAAUAUCUAAUAUUGACUCUGAUACAAAUACUUCUCCAAAAGAUACUCGUGAUAAGAUAGUGAUUGAAUUACUUGAAACUGAACGAAAGUAUGUACAAGACCUUGAAACUUUACAGAAUUAUAUGCUAGAGGCUCAAAAUCAAGAAGUACUUCCUCCUGAUACAUUAUAUCAAUUAUUUGGAAACCUUAAUGCUAUGGUGGAUUGUCAACGUCGAUUCCUGGUACAAGUAGAAGAACAAGCUGAUGGUGCUCCUCAAGAUCAAAGAUUUGGAUUACUCUUUUUACAACAUGAAGAAACUUUUUCAGUUUAUGAACCUUUUUGUGCCAAUUUCCAAACUGCUCAAUCAUUGGUACUUCGUGAAAUUCAUGCUUUGGAACAAUUGGCUCAUGUGUUAUCUCCCUCUUUUGAAUUACCGUCUAUCCUUAUUAAACCUGUACAACGUAUAUGCAAGUACCCUCUCUUGAUGAAACAAUUGGUCAAAAGUACUCCAUCUCAUUGGCCCUUUUUUGAUGAAACCAAACAGGGGCUCGAAGCUAUUCAAAGAGUCGCCGCAAAGGUGAAUGAAACUAAAAGACGACAAGAAAAUUUGAUCACUGUACAAGAUUUGAAAAAUCGUGUAGAAGAUUGGCCUCCCUCUGAUAUUGACGAUUUUGGUCCUUUACUACUUCAUGAUAAGUUUAUGGUAUAUCGUGGUGAUCCUGGUCGAGAACUUAUUGUCUAUCUUUUUGAAAAAUGCUUAUUUGUAUGUCGCGAGGAAAAGGAUAAGGAAGGCAAGGAUGGAAAUCAUAAAAAAUCUCAGAAAAAGAACAAGAAAAAGGAUCAACAAGGCAAUGGAAAUGCUUCAACAUCAGCAACAACAACUACAACAUCAGAUGCUAUCUCUGGACCAAAUACAACAUCCGAACGACUUGGUGUACGUGGAAGGAUCCUCAUGUCACGAGUGGCUCAAGUCAAUGAUACUAGUCAAGAUGGUAAUUGGUCUUUGUGUAUAUUUUGGUCUGAAAAGUAUCUUCAACCUGGUCAACAAUUUCGGUUGGAUUCAUUUACUUUAAAAUGUCGACAUCAAGAACAACUACAAUUAUGGGAAUCAUCACUCAAUCGACUUAUCAAACAAAUGAAACAACAAGCCAGAGAAGCCAAACAAUCAGCGGCAGCAGCAGCAGCAGCAGCACAAGCAACAGCGACGGCAACGGCAACAACAGCAAUGUCAUCACCUUCAUCACCACAGUACCUUGCAUUACCGACGACACCUGGAUCACAUAUGUUAUCUCGAUUGGAUUCUAGUAUACUUGAUUCACAUGAUGAUGAUGAUGAAGAAGAAGAGGAUGAUGAUCAAGAAAGACACAUGGAUGAUCUUGAUCAUGAACACAGAUUACCACCAUCAUCUCGACAGAAUUUCUACGACGCAACAGUUCAUGGUAUGACACUUCCACCUUUACCUCGACCAACUAUUUCUCCACCUACUAGUUAUCCUUCUUCACCAACUACUCGUAUGGCAUCUAGUAGCAAUUCAUCAAGAUAUCCUACCACCAAGGUGAAGGUGCAUCAUCUUGGUAGUAUCUAUGUAUUGAUUGUACCUUUGACUAUUGAUUACAAGGAAUUAGUGGAACGCAUCGAACGCAAAAUGAGAUGUGAUAGCUCAACUAUUAGUACAAGUGCAUUGACUUUGACUGGUCUCAAAUACCAAGAUGAAGACGGCGAUCUGAUCACCAUUGGUUCUAAUGAUGAUUUACAAAUGGGUUUUGAACAGCGUGGACUCAACAAUACCGUUAAUCUCUAUAUAGUAUAGUUUUUUUUUUUAUAGCCGUCCUCGUUUCUUAUAUACAACUUACAUAUCUAUAUCUUUUUUUUUUUUUGGUCG